AUUGGUCUACAGUCGGUUUUGGGGGAAGGCGUGGUUGGGGUGAAGGUGGAAAGCCAAAUUUGAACAAUAUCACGAGAAUAAAGGAGAUUUACCGAUUAUUGUUUAUAUUAGCAAAAAAAAUGAGACCGAACCAAUCCAGAUUAAAUUGAAAUGAUCCGAAUAACACAAUUUCCGUAACAGAUUGUUUGCUAGGGCGAGGAAGGUGAAGCCAGACACCAACUUUGUUCUGAUUGAGUACAGAAUUAGACCGAACAUAUCAGAUCGGAGGACAACAUUAUAACACAAAAUAGCCACAUUGUUGGAGCAUAUUCGCGAUGAAAAGGGCAAGUGAUGGUCAUUGUUCGGGAUAAAAUACCCCGAAAGAGGCAUGGUACGGCCCUUGAUGAAAGGAAUGUGAACCUGGGGAUACCGGUGUAGGGAGUGCGGAAAGGCUGGUUUGGGAUACCCCGGGACUUCUAGGCGGAGAAGGGAACUAUCCGUCGUUAUUGGGGGGCCAAGCAGACGCUCGUCUCCUAACGGGUAACAAAUCAACACCGAAGAACGGGGAUUUGGAUGAGGCCUCGUUUGACAGUGUCGAGGUAGGGAGACAAGAAUCGUGGACAUAUAAAGAUUGGACCCGUGGAAAAUAUAAUUACAACAGCCAUGAUGGAAGAAUUGCACAGCCUGGACCCGCGACGCCAGGAGCUGCUGGAGGCUCGCUUCACUGGGGUCGGCGUGGCUAAGGGUUCAGGCCACAAUGAGUCGUCCAAUCAGAGCCUGUGCAGCGUGGGCUCUCUCAGUGACAAAGAGCUGGAGACCCCAGAGAAAAAGCCCAACGACCAGAGAACGAGGAAGAGGAAAGCAGAGCCGUACGAUGGCAGCCAAGGGAAAGGAGGAGGAGGAAGAGGACAGAAAAUUAGUGAUUAUUUUGAGUUUGCGGGUGGUAGCGGUCCUGGUACUAGUCCUGCCAGGAGUCUUCCUCCAGUUGUCCGCUCCUCCCCACAACAUCACUCCCUCUCCAACCCCCCAGGCACGAUGCAGCAGGGCAGCCCGUCCUCUAUGGGUUCAGCCAACACAGAGCACUCAUCCUGUUCCCUAAAGCCUGUUUCCCUCUACAUGAACCACAAAGCCACACAGUCUGACCUGACGGUAGAGAAGCUAACUGCUAUGGAGAACAACAAAAACUCUGACCUGGAGAAGAAGGAGGGGAGGAUAGAUGACUUGCUGCGGGUGAACUGUGACCUUCGAAGGCAGUUGGACGAGCAGCAGAGGAUGCUGGAGAGGUACAAAGAACGCUUGAACAAAUGCGUGACCAUGAGCAAGAAGCUGCUGAUUGAGAAAUCGAAGCAGGAGAAGAUGGCAUGUCGUGACAAGAGCAUGCAGGACCGUCUUCGUCUGGGUCACUUCACCACCGUCCGACAUGGUGCCUCAUUCACAGAACAGUGGACCGACGGAUAUGCCUUUCAGAACCUUAUCAAGCAACAGGAGAGGAUCAACUCCCAGCGAGAGGACAUAGAGAGACAGAGGAAGGCCCUGGCCAAGAGGAAACCGCCCUCAAUGGCCCAAACCCCGCCCCUUAGCCUGGAGCAGAACAAACGCAAGAGCAAGGCCAACGGAGCCGAGAGCGACGCGUUAUCACAGGCCGAGUAUCACGAGCAAGAGGAGAUUUUCAAACUAAGACUGGGCCAUCUCAAGAAGGAAGAGGCAGAGAUCCAGGCUGAGUUGGAGAGGUUGGAGCGAGUACGGAACCUGCACAUCCGCGAGCUCAAGAGGAUCCACAACGAGGAUAACUCCACGUUCAAAGACCACCCUACGCUAAACGACCGGUACCUACUGCUCUACUUACUAGGCCGAGGUGGCUUCAGUGAAGUUUACAAGGCCUUUGACCUAACGGAGCAGAGAUACGUCGCAGUCAAAAUCCACCAGUUGAACAAGAACUGGAGGGACGAGAAGAAAGAGAACUACCAUAAACACGCAUGUCGAGAGUAUAGAAUCCACAAGGAGCUGGACCACCCACGGAUAGUCAAACUCUACGACUACUUUUCACUCGACACAGACUCGUUCUGUACGGUUUUAGAGUACUGUGAAGGGAACGACCUGGACUUCUACCUGAAGCAGCAUAAGCUGAUGUCGGAGAAGGAGGGCCGCUCCAUCAUCAUGCAGAUGGUCAACGCCCUCAAGUACCUCAACGAGAUCCGCCCACCCAUCAUCCACUACGACCUUAAACCUGGCAACAUCCUCCUGGUGAAUGGCACAGCUUGUGGGGAGAUCAAGAUCACCGACUUCGGCCUGUCCAAGAUCAUGGACGACGACAGCUACAACUCAGUGGACGGGAUGGAGCUGACCUCGCAGGGUGCAGGGACCUACUGGUACCUUCCCCCAGAAUGCUUUGUGGUGGGUAAAGAGCCUCCUAAAAUCUCCAACAAGGUGGACGUGUGGUCAGUGGGAGUCAUCUUCUACCAGGCUCUGUAUGGACGCAAGCCCUUUGGCCAUAACCAGUCUCAACAGGACAUCCUGCAGGAGAACACCAUACUGAAGGCAACAGAGGUGCAGUUUCCCCCCAAACCAGUAGUCACCCCAGAAGCUAAGGCCUUUAUAAGGCGCUGUCUGGUCUACCGGAAGGAAGACCGUAUCGAUGUGCACCAGCUAGCCAGUGACCCCUUCCUCAUGCCUCACAUCCGCAAGUCGGUGGCCACGUCCGGGGCCUCUGGCACGGCUAUACCUUCCACCUCCAGCUCCUCCAACAGCAGCGCCUCAAACUGA